AUGACGACGGUCAAGUCCAAAGUCCACCCCCUCAAUGGGAUGCACACGGCUGGAAUCUUUGCCGACCCCAGCGUCGACGGGCCCUUGAUUGGGACCCUGGUCGCCAUUGUCGACCGCGCGAAGAACUUGCCCAACCGCAAGACCAUUGGGAAGCAGGAUCCCUACUGCGCUGCGCGGCUCGGCAAGGAAGCAAAGAGGACCACGACGGAUAUUCGCGGAGGCCAGACCCCCAGAUGGGACCAGGAGCUUCGCUUCGCCGUCCACGACUCGCCAGACUACUACCAGCUGAAGGUGUCAGUAUUUCACGACGAUAAAAAAACGGACCUCAUCGGAGAGACAUGGAUCGAUCUGAGGGACAUCAUUGUUCCUGGCGGAGGCCAAAACGACAUCUGGCGCAACUUGAUGUUCAAGGGCAAGUAUGCCGGUGAAGUGCGCAUGGAGAUUACAUACUACGACCAACGCCCGAAACCCGAGAAGCCCGUUGCGAAGCCCAAGCCCGUCGAAGCAGAGCCUACGGAAAGCCACUAUGGCACAAUCCCCCGGAAGCAAAUCAAACGCCGUCCGCUGCCAUCCGAUCCCUUCACUGGCGAGGCUCCCGCUGCCCCGUCUCCGGACCAGGCCCCGACCCCCCCUCGCACUGGCGGCCCUAGAGGUCCCAAGGAAAUGAGCACUCCCACCCCUCCUGCUCCGGAGGCAAGUCUCUCGGGGUCGCGUCCAAUGCCAAAGGGUCCGAAGCAGCUACCGCCCGUCCAGGUACCGACGCAAUCGCCUUUGCAGGCCAUAGAAUACAACACCAGCCCUGGUCCCAAUGCCCGGUCUAGCCAGCAAGACUUGGUUGCGCAGUCGCCUCAAGCUGCUCCGCAGCACUCAACAGAAGUGACGCCACAGCACACGCCGCGACACGAGCGCUACGAAAGUCCCGCCUCUCAGUACGACGACAGAGACUACAGUCCGAGAUUCUCAUCCCAGGAUAUUGUCAACCAGGCCCACUACCGCCAGGGUUCUGAGCCGCCGCGUGAAAUGCUUUAUUUGGAAGAUCAGCGGCAAGCACCGCCUGUCGAGGAUGAUCGCCCUCCACCUCCCCCCGCUCAUAGAAGCCGCGGGAACUCUCAGGACAUGGUGGUGAGGAAUGCCUACGACACUCCUCCAAAGUCGGCGAAUGCCAUGAGACAAGAUGUCCUCCGAAACGAGGCUCAUCGCAUGUCCUUUUCCUCAGCAGCGUACCCCGGACGGCCCACCUACCGUGGUUUCGAUUCGGCGCCCGCCGUCACCAAUGCGCUUCCAGCCCCCGAGGAUCACCACGAACCGGCACCCCCGAGGCACCACUCGUACGAUGCUCAUGCAGAGUACCGAUCCAUGCAGCCAACGGUCGAAGACGUGCCCGAGUCGCCGAAUGCGUCUGCUGGUGCCCAUCCACGAAGGACCUCGCGUGCGCCUCAAUACGAGGAUAUGGGUUACGGCCAAGAGCACAACCAGCCUCCGCCUCCGCCACCUCAGCAGUCGCAACAACAGCAGUUCCAGCAGCAGCAGCAACAGGCCAUGCAAGUAUCCCAUCGCCGAAACUCGCACACACCACAAUAUGACGAGAUGGGAUAUGAUCAGGGUUACGAUCAAGUGCCUAGUCCUGCGCCCCUGAACAUUGGCGGCAGGGGAAGUGCCGGCUCCUCGCGUCAAAGAGGCCACUCGCCGCAGCCCAGCUACGGCCGAGGGGACGAGAUGUCUCAAUCGGGCCGCUACAGCACCUCGCCUCGCCCAGACUACCAGCCGAGAGGAGAUGAAAUGGUAUUGGCAGGCCGAGGCGGUACGUCUCCUGGCCGCUACAGCACCUCGCCCCAGCCGGAUUACCAACAAGAUUAUCAGCCGAGAGGUGAUGAGAUGGUUCUUGCUGGCAGCAGAGGGAGCGUGUCGCCGGGCCACUACAGCACUUCCCCGCAGCCGUAUGCCAGAGGAGACGAAAUGGCUCGUCGCCAGCAAAUCUCUCCUAUAGCGACGCGAGAUUUUGCCCCGAGCCCGAUGGAAGGAUCGCCGUAUCACUCGCACUCUCGCAGCCAGAGUCAGUUCACUUCGCAGCGGUCUGAACUGGCAGGUACCGAGGUAACGGCUCACAACAUGCCCGCUGUGCCUGCUUCGCUGGUGCCGGGCGUCGAUCCGACCAUCUCGCAAGAGGUUUCGGACCGCAUCUAUGACGAGAGACGUCAGCAGCGACGCUACACUGAUCAGAGCAUAACGAUUUCGACUCGUGGAAGACAGCACAGCGAGCCCGUCGGAUACGACGUCAACUUCUCGAACCAGUCAUACGUCCCGCCGGGGUACAACCCCCGGUCAUCGGCAUACGGUGCCCCUCCUCCUGAUGUGAACAGGGGACGGGGUCCUUCACCGAACCCAGUGAGAGGACGGGGCGCUUCUCCCAAUCCCAUGAUGGCUCGGGGUUCUUCUCCUAAUCCUAUGACGGCACGAGGUGUCUCGCCCAACCCCACGAGAAGAGGAGUUUCACCUCAGCCUCCUCCUCAGCAUAUGAGGUCGCGAGGCAUGUCUCCUAAUCCCCAGACGCAGCACACGAUCAGGCGGAAGUCUGUCAGUCCCGCGCCGCCUCCGUCCGAUCAUCGCAGGUUGUCCGGCAUCCCCUUUGGCCCAGAUUCAUACGACAUGCUCAACCCGGCAGUGUCGACCACCAACAGUGACAUCUCGAGGCCCGAUCCGGAUGAGAAGAUUAUCACUCACGAUGGACGUGAGAUCGACCCGUCAGAUCAUCUCCCCAUGGACACAUGGGCGCCAGAGCCGGAGCCAAAGGGUCCCAAGACGCCGGCCUCUGCUUCCACCCGGUCACGGGCGUCUCCUGCCGGGCCUCAGCCAGUUUCUGCGAGCGGUCGCCGGCAGCUCCGUAUUGCAGGCCGGCCCCAGUCUCAAGCCUCGCCAGUGACGUAUGGCUCGGAGCCGUACCACGUCCCGGGCACUCCGCCGAACAUGGGCAGCGCUGGCCGUAACCGGCUUCAGAAGAAGGCACAGCAUACGUCUGCUCUCCCUUCGAUAUCGCCCGCGGGAUCCAGCCCUUUGGCCCCCAUCUCGUCGCACAACUACCAGGACAAUGGUAAUGACUUCACACCACCGCGCCUGCCAAGGGCGAGCACAUGGGACUACCCCAGCGAGAACCACGCACCACAAUACGGCAGCUCGCCCGGAGGAAACUACGGCGGCGGUGCACCCCCGAUCCCGGCCAAGGUCCCCUUGCCCGUUAUGAGCGGCGCGAAUGGCGACAAUGAGUGGGCGUUGAUGCAGGAGAUGAGCCGCAUCGACAUAGGAGCCGGGCGCUCCAGGCGUCAUCGGCAUUACUGA